ACGUGAUACGCGUCUGUGUGCUUGUUGUUGUAGUCGUUGCCGUUAAAAUAAUAAUUAGCAUGCAUUCGUGGUUUAGCUUGUUUAGUUGGUUGACUAAGUAGCGCGUGUGUGAUUCAGUGCCCAUAUUCUGGCCGGUUUACGUUUCCCUGAUGCGGAUGCUAGGCUGUAGCAAGUUGGAGUCGAGCGCAUCAUGCACUCGAUCGAUCGAUAGUCGCCGCGCAAGAUCGUCCGGUCAGUGUUGAUCCUGAGCUUGAACGGCUUAGACUACGCGAAUCCGUCUCCGUGGGUUGUGAAUAUUGUGAUUGUUUCGUUUGUUUUUGUUGUUGGUGUCGGUGGAGCUUUCGGAAGUCGAUAAAUGAUUGCGGUAUCGGAAGAGAGCUUUCAAUCACGCAUCGGUUGACGAGCGAAGUGUACAUCAUACAUGUGCGGUGUGUAUGCGGCGUAGAUAAGCGAACUGUGAACACAUUUAUUGAAUCGUAUAUAAAAACCGUAUUUGCUGAUUAGUUGUUGCGACUGAGUGGUGCGGGGCUUACGAUUCCGAGAAUUCCGAGAAAUGUUUUGAGUUUAUUUUGUGUUUCACUGUUACGUAUGAUAAGAGCCAGCAAAUUAACCAACUCGUGGCGGGCGAAUAUAUUUUUUUUCGAUCCGUUGAUAAUAUUGUGCAUGAGCGAGGGCUCCGGGGAGCCGAAGGUCUUCCACGCUCGAUUGAACAGUUCGGGGUGCAAUUUCAACAUCCACAGUCAGUCAGUGUUGGUGGUGGCAGAACGGAAUCGAAUUCUGUGUUGACUUUCAGUGACACGGCCUGUUGAUAACACCGGUGCUCGGUCGGUGAUAAGAAUCGAUAGGGGCGCGAGAAAAAAGUGCUGCUUCGGGAUCGAAGCCAUCGUUGGGGUUUCGGCAGAGAAAGCCAUAGAGCGGCCCCCAUCAUGUCAACGUUACUCAACUUGGAUAGCUACCGGCAUGAGUUGUUCGAGCACCAGCAGCAGCAGCAGCACCACCAGCUCCAGCAGCUGUCGUCAUCGCCGACGUACUCGGUGCUCUCGAUGGAAUCUGCGUCUCCCGUGUCGUCAUCGUCGGCGAGCCCAGCAGCCGACACUAGCAAAUACUACGUGAGCCACUCUCCGUCCAGUGUCAGUAAUAUGUCCCCCAAAUCAACAGCUAGCGACACGAGCUCCUUCAAUAUGCAGAACCUAAACAUCUCCAGUGGCUACCAGUACUUCGGCGAGACCCACCAACAGCCGACGAUGUCCGGCGAGGAAGGGCAGCUGCAGACCUUCAACUACGCCGAUGCGGCCCCGGCUCGUUUGGAGCUUUCCGUGCCAAUGCUUACGAUCGUGGAGCAACCGGUGGACAAGUUUCGAUUCCGAUACCAAUCGGAGAUGCACGGAACCCAUGGUUCCCUGAUGGGCGUUCAUACCGAGAAGAGCAAGAAAACCUUCCCCACGGUGCAGCUGCAUGGGUUCCGAGGUGAGGCCAAAAUUCGGUGCUCACUGUUCCAGGUGGAUCCAAAUCGCAGGGCCGCCCACUCGCAUAACCUAGUGAUCAAAAGUGGCGACAUCGAUUUGAACGAUCCCCAUGAUAUCGAUGUGAACGAAGAGUGCAACUACGUGGCCAUGUUUCAGGGCAUGGGAAUCAUUCACACGGCCAAGAAGAACAUCGCCGAGGAGUUGAGCAAAAAGAUGAAGAAGCAACGGGCAGUAGAGAUGAACCGGGAGCUGUCCAUCAGGGAGGAAUAUCAGAUGCAGAAGGAAGCGGCCGAGAUGGCCAAGACGAUGAAUCUUAAUCAGGUGUGCCUGUGCUUCCAGGCCUAUCAGGUGGAUGCCACGACCGGACUUUGGACGCAGUUAUGCGAACCGGUCUACUCCAAUGCCAUCAAUAAUAUGAAGAGUGCCCUGACUGGGGAGUUGAAGAUCUGUAGGCUUAGUGCAACCGUUGGAAAUGUUGACGGUGGAGAAGAAGUUUUCAUGUUUGUUGAAAAAGUUUGUAAAAACAAUAUCAAGAUCCGAUUCUAUGAAUUGGACGAUUACGAUCAGGAGGUCUGGCAGGACUGGGGUUCGUUCUCGGAAGCGGACGUGCACCAUCAGUACGCAAUUGCUUUCAAGACGCCCGCCUACCACAAUAAAGACAUCACAGAGCCGGUGGAGGUGCUCAUGCAGCUGUACCGACCCCGAGACAAGUGCCAAAGCGAACCGGUUCCCUUCAAGUACAAGCCUCGGUUAAAUAUUUCCCGAAAGCGGCCACGUGUUUGUUCCGGUUUACUAUCGAACGAGAUUCCCACGGUGGUUCCCAAUGAAUCGGGCUCGAGUCGGUUACCGCCGUUCCACAAUCCGUUCGGAUUGGCUCCGCUUCAAACCCCCAUCGGUGAGGCCGGUUGCAGCAGCAGCAGCAGCCACACCAUCAGCAAAGAGUUCAACAAAUCGGGCAUCAUUCAGGAGAUUCUGGACAGCCACAUUCCCAGCACAAUAGCCGGCGAUAUAUCGUUCAGUUCGAAUGAUUUCAAAGAUUUCGUACAUUGUAACUCGGAAGAAUUACGUAAGCUCAUCACCGAGAUUGGUGAGGCGCAGGAGGAGUCAAAGCUGGAGACGGACGCCGUAUCGGUCGGUCACGUUGACGAAGCGGCGGCGCAGUUUGAGCGUACGCUCGAGCAGUACCUGGAGCAGAACAGGCACGCCAAGGACGUGGAGAUCCUGAAGAAGAUUCUGGCCAUCAUACGGUUGCUGUUCCGUAAGAACUACGACCAAUGCCGGGAGUUGAUAUCGGCCCUGUGGAUGUCGGCCAACAAGUUGAAAGUCAAUUGCCUCCACAUGGCAAUCGAACGUCGCAACGUCACCAUCGCCUGCAAGCUGGUGGAACUGCUGCAGGACUACCAUCUGCUGGACAUGCUGGAUAUGUUCAACGAGCGUAACGAAACCGCACUGCACCUGGCCGUAUCGGCCAAUCUGGUCGAGGUGGUCGAUGUGCUCCUGCUGACUGGUUCCAAAAUCAGCUACUGCGACAGCCGAGGGAACUCUGCCCUGCAUCGUGCCGUAUACGAAAACGCCUUGGACAGUUUGAAUGUGCUGCUGGGCCACUGCAAGCGCAGUGGAUUCCGGCUGGACUCGACCAAUGACGAUGGGUUCACGGCGCUGCACCUGGCGGUGAUGUGUAAGAAUUUGAAGGCAGCAAAGGUGCUUCUGGAUCGGGGUGCUUCGUACGUGCUGCGCGAUCUGAAGCAUGGCAACAACAUUCUGCACAUAGCGGUUGAGAGCGAUUCUCUGGACAUGGUCAACUUCAUCCUUAGCAGCGUGGACAAGACUCUGGCCGACGAACCGAAUAACGCCGGCUAUACACCACUCCAGCUUGCUAACGCCAGGCAUCUGGCCAAUGCGAACAACAAACUAAUCGUCCGAGAAUUGCUUCGCUACAAUCCAGCGGGUGUUCUCGAGAAAGAACACCUGACCGAGGAGGAAGACGAAGAGCCCGAACAAAAUGAAAAUCAUUCACCGACCUCCGAGGGACCGACGGAAACCAUAUUCGAAUCGAUGCACGUUAGCUGCAAUCGGGUGGAGGUCAUACGGUUACUGGAGGACUAUACGCCACCGAACGACGAAGCCAAGCUUACGCCGCUGGAAAACGUGCCCUACACCGGCACACUGGAAGAUGGGUCCGUCUAUCUGUUCGAUGAGGAGUGCCUAUCGCAUCUGUGUGGUCUACUAAAUCGGAAGAAUCUAUGGCGAGAGGUUGGAUCGCUGCUAGAUUUCAAUGCAUUUUUCUCAAUCUGGGAAACAUCGGUCAAUCCCGCUGGGAUGCUGCUGAAUUACUUUGAGGUGCAAAAAGUGAAGCUCGAGCAUUUGAUAGACGUUCUGCAAGCCUUGGACCAAAAAGACGCCAUUCAUUACAUCGACGAAAUGAUUUGUCGGCAGAUGAAGUAACGUGAGCCGGCGAAUGAAAACAAAAAACGAAUCCCAGCACGCUCAAGUGCUAACCACGUUGUAUACAAUCAGUAAGAGAUUUUCAUCUCCAUUCCAGUGCUAGUGAUUACCUACCAUGAGGUUAAGUUUAUUUUUAUAUUCUUCAGAUUUUUACGCUUUAGGUAAAUGUACAAACAUACGAACUGUCUAUCAAUAUAUGUUUUUAUUAAACUCAUUGAGUUGUC